GGGGCAGAGCGGGAGCGGGCGGCGGAAGAUGCUGUGCCUGCCGGUAGCCGUCCUGUUGCUGCUGCUGCUGGUGCUGUGCAGCCAGGGCACAGAGCGGUGUCCUUCAGCCUUCUGCGAGUGUUCCGACGAGGAUGACUACAGAAUCACUUGCAGGGACAUCCACUUCAUUCCCAGCCUUCCGGAGGACACCCAGACCCUGAGGUUUAUGGAGACUCAUCUAAGAACAAUUCCAAGUGACGCUUUUUCCAAUCUCCCCAACAUCUCUAGGAUCUACAUCUCCAUAGAUGAAACACUUCAGAGUCUGGACGCCCAUUCCUUCAACAGUUUAAGUAAAGUCACUCAUAUUGAAAUUCGAAAUCUUAGAAACUUGGAUUACAUAGAUCCAGAUGCCUUUAAGAAUCUCCCACUUUUGAAAUACCUUGGUAUUUUUAAUACUGGACUCAAAGCAUUUCCAGACCUCACCAAAAUCUACUCAUCUGAUGUGAACUUUUUACUUGAAAUCGCAGAUAAUCCUUUCAUGACUUCAGUGCCUGCAAAUGCUUUCCAUGGGCUUUGUAAUGAAUCUCUAACUCUCAAACUCUACAAUAAUGGUUUUACCAGCAUCCAAGGCCAUGCUUUUAAUGGGACAAAUCUGGAUGCUAUCUAUCUGCACAAGAACAAAUACCUGGAAGUUAUCAAUGAUGAUGCAUUUCUGGGAGUGCACAGUGGACCAACUCUACUGGAUGUCUCCAGAACAGCCGUUGCUAACCUUCCAGCCAAAGGACUGGAAAGCCUUAAAGAACUAAUGGCCAAAAAUACGUGGACUUUAAAGAAAUUACCAGCUGUAAAGGUAUUUCUUCAGCUAAUGAGAGCUGACCUAUCAUAUCCAAGUCACUGCUGUGCUUUCAAGAGCUGGAAAAAAACCAGCGGAAUCCUGGAGUACCUGACAUGUAACCAGAGCAGCAGUCACAGCUUUCGUAAGAGAAGAUCAGUCAAAGCUCUCAGAGGUCCUUUUUACAAAGAUUAUGCAGAAGAAUACACAGACCACACUGAUACUGCGUAUGACAAAAACACCAAGUUCACAAAUCUUCACGAAAAUUCCCAUUAUUACAUUUUUUUGGAAGAGCAUGGAGAAGGGAAUCUUGGGUUUGGCCACGAGCUCAAGAACCCUCAAAUGGAAGAUGUCCAGACCUUUGACAGUCAUUAUGACUAUCCCGUCUGCGGAGGCAAUGAAGACGUAAUAUGCACUCCAGAACCUGAUGAGUUUAAUCCCUGUGAGGAUAUAAUGGGAUAUCAAUUUCUGAGGAUUGUGGUGUGGUUUGUGAACCUGCUGGCGAUCCUAGGUAACAUUUUCGUCCUUUUCAUACUUCUCACCAGCCAUUAUAAACUGACUGUACCACGCUUUCUGAUGUGUAACUUGGCCUUUGCUGAUUUUUGCAUGGGGCUAUACCUCCUCCUGAUCGCUUCAGUGGAUCUCUACACCAGGUCAGAGUACUACAACCAUGCUAUAGAGUGGCAGACUGGGCCUGGUUGCAACACAGCUGGCUUUUUCACAGUCUUUGCUAGUGAACUUUCUGUGUACACACUGACUGUGAUCACCCUGGAGCGCUGGUAUGCCAUCACUUUUGCCAUGCGCCCAGAUCGAAAGAUUCGCCUCCGGCAUGCUUUGAUUAUCAUGCUGGGAGGGUGGUUCUCAUGCUUUCUUCUUGCCCUUUUGCCACUCGUUGGCGUCAGCAGCUAUAGCAAAGUCAGCAUCUGCUUGCCUAUGGACACUGAAACACCAGUGUCUGAAGCCUACGUUGUCUUUGUUUUAAUAUGUAACAUUAUUGCUUUUGUCAUCAUUUGUGCCUGCUACAUAAAAAUCUAUGUAACUGUGCGAAAUCCUCAGUACAAGUCAGGGGACAAAGACACCAAAAUUGCCAAGCGGAUGGCUGUGUUGAUUUUCACUGACUUUGUGUGCAUGGCUCCCAUCUCCUUCCAUGCUUUAUCUGCCAUUAUGAACAAACCACUGAUAACUGUCACCAAUUCCAAGAUUCUGCUGGUACUCUUCUACCCACUCAAUUCUUGUGCCAACCCCUUUCUUUAUGCUAUUUUCACCAAAGCUUUCCGAAGAGAUGUGUUUAUCCUGCUAAGCAGGUUUGGUAUAUGUGAGCAUCAGGCUCAAGUCUACAGAGGUCAGACAAUCUCAGCCAAAAACAGCAGCAGCUCUUACGGGCAGAGAAUCAGCCGAGGGCUAGGUCAGAUUCUUAGAAGCACUCAAGACCCAGUCAACAAUUACCUUCCUGCUGUGACAAUGCAGAACCAAAUUCUCAUGGAAGAAUGCAAGCAAACUGAGCUAUAA